CCACGCCGCACCUAGUCGCCCUUCAUCAGUCGAGCCGGAGAGCGUGUGCGUGAGUUCACAUUGGACUGGCAUCCCGCGCUCCGCCUUCCUCCGCGUCCGCCUGAAGUCCCAAGGGUGAACGGACACGCGCUCACACAUUCAACCACCCACACGUGAUCCCGAACUUGACCCAGGACUAGAUUACGCCUCUUCCAGCCCCCCUUCACCUGGUCUCGCCACAAUGAAUUCGGAGGAGUUUCGUCAGCGAGGCAAGGAAAUGGUUGACUACAUCGCCGACUACCUUGACACGAUUGAAGAGAGACGCGUGACUCCUGCCAUUGAGCCCGGCUACCUGCGAAGACUGGUGCCAGACGAGGCGCCCCAGAAACCCGAGCAAUGGGAAGACAUCAUGAAGGACGUGGAAGACAAGAUAAUGCCCGGGGUAACUCACUGGCAGCACCCCAGAUUCCACGCUUACUUCCCCGCUGGUGACUCCUAUCCCAGCCUUCUUGGUGAGAUGCUCGGUAACGGCCUGGGGUGCAUUGGCUUCUCUUGGGCCGCCUCCCCAGCUUGUACGGAGCUUGAAACGAUAGUGCUCGAUUGGUUGGGUAAAAUGGUCGGUCUUCCAGAACAGUUUCUCUCCUUCAGCGAAAACAGUAAAGGAGGAGGAGUUAUUCAGGGCUCCGCGUCAGAGUGCGUCUUUGUGUCCAUGCUGGCUGCUCGCGCCCACACCAUUCGUCAACUGAAAAAACAGCACCCAUUCGUGGAGGAGGGCGUGCUGCUGUCCAAGAUGAUGGCGUACUGCAGCAAGGAGGCACACAGCUGCGUCGAGAAGGCCGCCAUGAUGGCCUUCGUCAAACUGAGGAUUCUGGAGCCUGACGAGAACCAGAGUCUUCGGGGCGCCACGCUACAGCAAGUGAUGCAGGAGGACAGAGCAAUGGGUCUUGUGCCCUUCUAUGUGGAGACGACCUUGGGAACCACCUCCUGUUGCUCAUUCGAUAACCUGGCGGAGAUUGGCCCCGUGUGUGAGGAGUUCGGAGCGUGGCUGCACGUUGACGGGGCGUACGCUGGCAGCUCCUUCAUCUGCCCUGAGCUGCGAGGACCAAUGAGAGGCAUCGAGUACGCCUCGUCAUUCAACUUCAACCCAAACAAGUUUAUGCUGACACACUUUGACUGUUCACUCAUGUGGGUGCGGGACCGGUUCAAGCUGACUCAAGCCCUGGUGGUGGAUCCUUUGUAUCUACAGCACUCCUACUCUGAGAAAUCUAUCGACUACAGGCACUGGGGCAUCCCUCUCAGCCGCAGGUUCAGGGCUCUCAAGAUCUGGUUCGUCGUGAGGAGUUUCGGCAUCGAGGGACUGCAGAAGUACAUCAGGGAUCACUGUCGCCUGGCGCGUCGCUUUGAGGCCCACGUAAGGAAAGAGCCAAGGUUUGAAGUGGCCAGCCCUGUCCAUCUCGGCCUCGUCUGCUUCAGGUUGCGAGGAACAAACGACAUCAACCAGAAGCUGCUGUCAUCAAUCAACGCCUCAGGAAAGCUGCACAUGGUCCCAGCUUCUCUCAACGACAAAUAUGUCAUCCGCUUCUGCGUGUGCCGCCAGACUGCCACGGAAGAAGAUAUUGACUACGCCUGGGAAGUUAUCAGACAGUUCGCCACAGACGUUCAGGAAACCAAGCCGGAGAUCAUCGAGAACUACAGCCAGCUGAAGAAGCCAGUGGAGGCCGAGGAAGAGGUGGUGAAGGCAGAGAGGGUCAGGAAGCAAGACGCCAGCCUGCAGUACAAACGUUCCUUCUUCGUCCGCAUGGUGUCUGACCCCAAGAUCUACAACCCCAAAAUUGUUCGCAGUUUGCCAUCCAACAACCCAAGGCGCCACACAACCUCGGAGUCCAGCGAAGACAGCAACGUCUCCAUCAACUCCCCAACUAUCGAUCUUGAUGUCCUGGAAGAACUUAUGCAGCGCAGCGACCUGAAGGAGGUGCUACAGGAGGCGAAAAAUAAGGACCGCAGAGCCCUUAUUAAAAAGACAACCAGUGACCUAUCGGAGCGGAUCCUUGUGGCCCCGUCCGUGUCACAAGAGCCGGAACACUGAGCCAGGCUGGAGUGGAGUGAAUGGAGUAGAAUAGAGUAGUGGAGUGGAGUAGGAUGAAGCACAGGGUAAAGGGGGGAAUUUUUAUCUUGAGCCUAAGAAGAAGAAGAAGAAGAAGAAGAAGAAGAAGAAGACGAAGAAGACGAAGAAGAGGAAGACGAAGACAUGAAAGGUUACAAUUCUGAACGUGUACUGAAUGAGUCACAUAUCAAAUUACUAAGUUAGUCGUUACUCUAUUUUAGCUCUUAAGUAGGGGUGUAUUUAGAGAUGAGUUGCCUCGUCAAUAGAGGAACGUUUGAUGUGAUAGUCUUCAACACUCAGGUCGUACAGUGGUGGGCCGAUCCGAAGUGAGACUCAACGAUCUUAGCGUCCCACAGGCAGGGCAGCAGGACCCGCCUUGUGUGUGGGGCUCAUCUCAAUCGUGCAUUCCUUUCCUUAGUACAUGUUUUUUUUCUUUAGUUUACGCUCUAAAUGGUGUUCUGUUAAAAGCCCGUGGCAUGUCCGUUUUCUUUUUGUUGAUUUUUUUUUCUUUUGUAGGUAUUACUUAUACGUUUUGAUUAUUGUUGUUAUUUUUUGUUAAGUUCAAGUUAUUUUAUAUGUAAUGAUUGUGUUUUUAACUAAUGUAUGUGUCCUCGUGUGUAUGUAAGAGAGAGAGAGAGAGAGAGAGAGAGAGAGAGAGAGAGAGAGAGAGAGAGAGAGAGAGAGAGAGAGAGAGAGAGAGAGAGAGAGAGAGAGAGAGAGAGAGAGAGAGAGAGAGAGAGAGAGUACACUGUUAAAUCAUUCACUUUUUUAAAUAAAUAUUUAUCUUUUUAGUACUUACAGAA